AUGGCUCCAUCAAAACCUUCCAAAGGCUCACCAAAGACAACCGCCAAAAAGGAGAAGGUAUGUCACCCGUCGUCGAGAAAAGCCAGCCAGCUCGUCAGGACUGCGCUGCGCAAAAACAAAAUGGGCGAUCGGGCGUCCAAACGGGCAAAGAAAGAAGAUAGCCAAUUGGAUGUGUUCAGCUUCUUCUACCAUGCGAUCCCAGAGAGCGGUGUUCUAUCUCUUGAGGAUGUACAUACCAUCAUCAAGGAUGUUUGGCUGCCGCGAUUCGACGAAGAACUCGAGGCCGAGCGUGCCGCGCGACGAAAGGGGAGGCCAAAGAGCAUGAAGGAGAUGAAGUUGGAAGAGAUCAAGCUCAGGGAGGAGGAGAACUACCGUGCUGGCAUAGAGGUGCCAGACCUUACAGACGAAUCCACCGUCGAGAUAUUCAGGCGGUGGGACCAAAAAGAAAUUGCCUUCAUUCAGCUCUUGCGAUUCAUCCGUAUAUCGAGCGCAGACCCGGGCAUGGCCAUCGUCUCGCGACCGGGAAAGCAUGCCUCCAUCCACGCAGCGCAUCCGACUCCCUCUCCCCUCGAAAACCCUCCCCUUGCAAAGCUGCCCCUUGUUGAAAGCGAUCUCGACGACAUGGAUGUCGUGCCUGAGCUGCUACCCCCUCCACAAGAACGGGGCGUGGACGCGAGGGGUAUGAUGCUGCCGUUUGACGAACCGCCAGAAAGAUUUGCAAGUACGAUCAUGGCUAUGGAUGGAUAA